GGCCUGCGGCUGAGCAUUUCGACCGCAAGUGGGAGGCACAGCGAAAGGAAACCAGAGCGGACGAAAAUAUUGUCGCCCGAUUGGAGCUUUCCUUUGGGUGUGUGAACAGUGGGCCAGCUGCCAAGAAAACCAACCCCUUCGUUGCUGACGAAUAAACGAAAACACAAUCCGCAAGAUUAAAUGUUUCAUAAAAUGACAGUGAAAAUUGGUAUAAACAAAAUUCCUCUGGGACAGUCAUGUUGGAAAUGCUUAUCACUUAACAGCUGCUUAGGCUUUACAAUUGUUUAUCGACAAACAUAGAAGAUAACUAAUUAUAUACUUUCAUGACCAUGAACACUGUGAUAUACAUUGAUACGAUCACAGAAAAGGCAGAAAUGGGAUCUCAAAAACUCUUUAACCUUUCGUCCCACUGUGCGAACCUUUCCCCGUAACCAUAAGCGAUCAUUGCUCUGCAGUUGGAGUGCUCCCCUCGGCGGAAAACGCCAUCGACGCUCAAUGCCCAGACAGACCUAACCGAUCUCGACAGAUCAUCUCGUCUUUGCUGUUACAGUGCGCACACGCAACACGAACAGAAGACAUUGCGUGUCGAGUGGGCGAUGAAGUGGGCGCGCACUCACUAAUGGCAGCAAAGCAAGAUUGAUGCAACUGAGUUGCUGGAGAAGAUCAAGAUGAAGUUGGAGAUGAAGCUGAAGCCUCUACUUCCUUCUGUGUAGAGAUUAGGCCGAUCCAGACGUUAAUGAGAAAUGGAAAAGCGAAGUGGAACGCCGAUAAAUAGCCAAAAGUUUCGAAAACUCAGCGAUGUGGACAUGACGGAAGUGCAGCUGAACAAUUUGGAUGACUCCAGUGCCAAGGAGACGGUGGAAAUAGGUAGCUUUCAGGGCAAUGACCAGAGCAAUCCCGUGCAGCACACGAAAUGGUUCAGAUCCAGGCUCUUCCUCAUAUCCGUGGUUUUCUCGGCCCUCCUGAUAACCGCCAUGUGCAUUGGCUUCGUUGUGCACUACGGCAUGUCCGGCGAUGUGGGCGACAUGGAGACGGUGAGCUACUGGCCCGUAGAUCUGCCCAAGGAGCAAAAGGAGUGGUACGAUCAGGGAAUCGAUGAGCUUCAGAAGGCCGUUUCCAGGCAGUUCAAUCGCCGGCGAGCCAAGAACGUAAUCCUGUUCGUGGGCGAUGGAAUGGGUCCGAACACGGUGACGGCCGCACGGAUACUCGGAGUCAAGGAGGAGGGACUCCUGCGUUGGGAGCAGUUUCCGGACAUGGGACUGCUGAAGACCUACUGUGCCGACAAGCAAGUACCGGACUCGUUCUCCACGGCCACAGCUCUCUUUGGCGGAGUAAAGGUAAACUACGAAACGGGAGGAGUUGAUGCAAAUGUACCGCUGGGGAACUGCAGCGCAUCCCUGAAGGAGGACCACCACGUUCAGACGAUCCUCAAGUGGGCCCAGGUGGAUGGAAUGCGAACGGGUUUCGUGACCACCACCCGGGUGACGCAUGCCACUCCGGCUGCCCUCUACGCCCACGUGCCGGAUCGUCGAUGGGAGUGUGAGAGCGGAAUGCCAGCCGAGGCUCAGGGUCAGGGAUGUAUGGACAUAGCUCGCCAGCUGAUCGAACAGCCGACGGGUCAGAGCAUAAACGUAAUCAUGGGCGGUGGUCGUCAGAUGCUGGUCUCAGAUGUAACCGGUUCAGCAGCCGAUCCCCUGGACACUUGGGCCGGCCAGUCGAAGGAUGGACGAGAUCUCAUCCGAGAUUGGAGGCUAAAGAAAGCGGAUGAGGGAGUGUCACAUGCGGUUGUGCAAAACAAUCGUGAGCUGUGGAAUCUCAAUGGUCAGGAUGUUGACUACGUACUUGGUAUUUUCGCCAAUGGACACCUAAUGUACGACCACGAACGAGAUCGCAGUGACGCCGGCAUGCCCUCGCUGUCCAAUAUGACCCUCAAGGCGCUGGAGGUCCUGGGAAACAGUGAUAAGGGGUUUCUGCUCGUGGUGGAAGCCGGUCUAAUCGACCAAGCCCAUCACAGGGGAAACGCUCGAAAGGCGCUAAGUGAGGUGCUCGAACUGAACGCAGCCGUUGAGUCUACACUUUCCUUCCUCAAGUCAUCGGAUCGCCUGGACGAAACCUUGGUCAUUGUGACCGCCGAUCACUCGCACAGCCUGACCAUCAAUGGGCAUCCCGAUCGGGGAUCCAGUAUACUCGGCUUGGCGGGAAACUCGAAGACAGAAGGGACGCCGUACACCACGUUAACCUAUGGCACCAGCUAUCAGGGAUUCCAGGUGGAUCCGCAAACGCAGAGCCGCAAGGAUCCAACUGCUGACGAUAUUACCGCCUGGGAGUACACCCAGCAGGCAGCAAUCAACACGGACGAGAAUCUGCACGGUGGCUCGGAUGUAACGAUUCACGCGGAUGGUGCCAUGUCCUACUUGUUCCACGGCGUCCACGAGCAGAGCUAUGUGGCGCACGCCAUAUCGUACGCCCUGAGGAUCGGAAGAUUCCGGGAUAGCUCCAUCGCGGAAACUCUGGCCGAGCUGACGCCCAUAUAAGCGUAGAAACAAAAGCGUAGCCAACAAAACACUUUGAUAUAUGUAGUUAUAAUGAAAACUGUUCUUGCCAAGCUUACAAAUUAGAUAUAAGUCAAAGAUUGGGUCACCGAAAUAGGACAUGAGUUAACUGAAACCAUUGAAGGAUUUUACCGAAUGAGAUUGUUGAAUAAACAUUAAUUUGAAGAG